AUGUCGAGCCCUCUCGAUACGGACGCUGGCUCUGAGAUGUUCAGCAGUUAUGAGACGGAGCUGAACCUCGUCCAAGCUGAUCUGAACCAGAAACUCGACCAGAUCGCGGAGCUGAGCGGCGAGCAACGCAACUCAACCAUCCGACAAGCGGAGACCGCACUAGAAGAGGCAACAGAGUUGUUGGAUCAACUUCGUCUGGAGAAACAGAAUAUUCCCAGCGCAGCAAGGUCGAAAGUCAAUACUCGCUUCCGCAACUACUCCACUGAUGUUGAUGAGGCGAGGCGCAGACUAAAAGCGCUUUCCGAUGACCGAAAAGCGCUAUUUGGCGAUCGUUACACCGACGAUCCACAGGAUGAGCAUUUGGAGCAGAGACAGCAACUUCUUUCCGGGACCGACCGCUUAGAACGAAGCUCUGCGAGAUUACAAGAGAGCCAGCGGAUCGCUUUGGAGACGGAAGGCGUUGGCGCCAACGUUUUGGCUGACUUACGUGUGCAGCGAGAGACUAUCGAGCAUACAGGCGGAAUGUUGCACGAGAGCGAGGGAUAUGUUGACACAAGUAUCAAGACUCUGAGGGGAAUGGCCCGUAGGAUGGCUACGAAUCGGGUAAUCACGAUUGCCAUAAUCACGGUUCUGAUUCUUUUGAUUUUCGCUGUUAUCUACAGCAAGUUCAGUUAG